CAUAUUACUUACAGUAAUCGUGCAACGCUCGAACAGCUCGAGUCGUUCAAUGAUAUCUAUCACCAACAGUUAAAUUUUUGUUCAUCUAUUUUGCUUCAUGCAUGCAUCGAAAGUGAUAAGUUAGAAAUAGCAAUCAACUAGUGAUACGGUUUUCCACGUUUCUCCAGGUCCGUCGUCAUCCCCGUUCUUUCGGCGCAACUCUACGUCCACCUGGCAACCCCCGUUUUCUGUUGCUCGGUAGUGCAGGGUAGCCGUGCCGGGCCUGCGAAGCGAAGCGAUGGACGUCAGAUUCGUGGUUUUGGUCCUGGCGCUGGUUGGCCUGAUGGCUGCGGGUGUUGGAACUCGGAUCCAGGGUGCCGCUGCUCGGAUCGCCCAGAUAGCCUUCGCCGUUGCUCUUUUGCCCCUCGUUUAUCGGUACCACAGGAGGAUUUAUGUUAUCGUCAAGACGCUGCCUCGGGACGUCAAGUUUUUAUACCGAUACAUCAACGCUGAUAUCGAGACAAAGGGUUUCGUACGUAACAACACAACGGUGAUAAAAAUCUUCACAGAACGUGCUCGAAUUUACCCCAAUAAACCAUGCUUCAUUUUCGAGGGUCGGAUCUGGACAAACCUGGAUAUAGAGAAACUUAGCAACCAAGUAGCCUCUGUCUUCCAGAAGGCUGGAUACGUCAAAGGAGACGCGGUUGCAUUGCUGAUGCACAACAGGCCCGAAUAUAUUGCGAUAUGGCUGGGACUAGGAAAGUUAGGGGUGGUAACAGCUCUGAUCAACACCAAUUUGCGUAUGCAGCCUCUUGUGCAUUGUUUACUUGCAGCAAAAGUGAAGGCAAUUAUUUAUACACAAGAAUUGGGUACAGCAAUAAAUGAGAUCACAGAUACUAUACAAGGAAUCGACAGAUACGAGUGGGGCAGCCCUUUGGGAGAGGAAUUAGACGGUGCUAAAAACGUUGAUCAGCUUCUCACUGAAGCUAGUACUGCGCCUCCAGUAGUUGACCAUAUUCCAGGUUACAGGGAUAAUUUACUCUAUAUCUACACAAGCGGGACAACUGGACUACCCAAAGCUGCUCUGAUGCCACAUUCGAGGUAUCUGCUCAUCACUAUGGCCACUUAUCAUAUGCUGGGUCUUCGAGCAAACAGUGAUAUUAUGUACAAUCCACUUCCGCUCUAUCAUACAGCUGGAGGUCUAGUUGGUACUGGUUGCGCUCUAGUGAAAGGAAUCCCAAGCGUUUUGAGAACAAAAUUCUCCGUGUCUGCCUACUGGACGGAUUGCAUAAAACACAAUUGUACUCUUGCCCAAUAUAUUGGCGAAAUGUGCCGGUAUUUAUUAUCGGCACCACCUCGACCUGAAGAUUCUGCCCACUCGGUUAGAUUGAUGGUUGGCAAUGGUAUGAGACCUCAGCUUUGGCAAGAGUUUGUUAAUCGCUUCAAGAUCGAACAGAUAACAGAAGUUUAUGGGUCUAGUGAAGGAAAUGCCAACAUUGUGAACGUUGAUAAUCAAGUUGGAGCUGUCGGUUUCAUUCCAUCGAUAAUACCAAAGUCUUUGCAUCCAGUAGCUCUCAUACGGGUUACUCCAGACACUUGUGAGCCCAUCAGAGGACCAGACGGAUUUUGUAUAAGGGCAAAGACAAACGAGCCUGGAAUGUUUAUAGGACUAAUAAAGCAGGGAAAUGCUUCAAGAGAAUUCAAUGGAUACUUGGACAAAGAAGCAUCAAGGAGUAAAACAAUACAAAACGUGUUUAGCAAAGGCGACAAAGCAUUCUUAUCUGGUGAUAUAUUGGUCCAGGACGAAUAUGGAUAUUUUUACUUCAAGGACAGAACUGGCGACACUUACAGAUGGAAAGGGGAAAAUGUAGCGACUGCAGAAGUCGAAGGUGUCGUAAGCAACGUAGCUGGUCACAGGGACGCCACUGUCUAUGGAGUACAGGUACCUGGAAUGGAGGGAAAGGCAGGAAUGGCAGCUAUAGUCGAUCCCGAUAGUCUGCUUGACUUUAAAGCGUUAGCUGAGGGCCUUGACAAAGCUCUUCCCUCUUAUGCCAGGCCGAUUUUCCUGCGCAUUGUAAAAGAACUCGAAAUGACGGGCACAUUUAAAUUGAAAAAAAUAAAUCUACAAAAGGAGGGAUUUGAUCCUAACAAAAUUCAGGAUAAAGUAUACUUUAGGUCGGGUAAUAAGGAAUACGUACAAGUUACACCGGAGUUGUACGAAGAAAUUAUUUCUGGGACAGCAAAAUUGUAAGGUGCGUAGUACAGCAGGUCGCAUAUUUGCCCCUGUACAAAAUAAGUAAAAAAAAUUAACAUCAAAAUUUACUUGGCAAAGAAUCUACCAAAUCAGAAAUCUUACGAACGAACAAGGGUAGAAGGGCAGUGAAAUACAAGGAAUAAAUUAGUCCAAAUAUUCACUCAAUGAUGCAAACAUCGUAAAACGUUAUGUGAAAUCGAAUACAUUAACCCUUUGCGGUCACACUUAUUUUUCAUCCCAUGAGAAAUAAGUGGUUGCCGGGGAUGAAAUCGUGCUAGUGUAACCACUCAGGGUUAAUUUCUACUAACAUUUUCAUUGAGUAUUAAAACCAAAAUAUAAAUGAAUGGAAGAUUAAAAAAAGGGUCAUAAAAAAUGAUUUUUUUUUUGAAUAACAUUCCAAUAACGAUGGACUAAGAAAUGUAAAUUGAAAGUGAAAAGGUUAGGAGAAUAUUAUAAUUCAUGAGCAAAUGUAAGGACAAAUGUUUGGGUUACAAAAAUUUUGGCUCAUCAAACUACUUUAGAUAUGAGCAAUAGUGUAUGUAAAUUAAGAACAUUUUUCAAGUAGGUCUCAUUCAGCUCAAACUGCACCCACCAUCAGUUAGAUUUCCUACUGAAUUCAAAACCUAUUACGUUGUUAAUUGAAAGGUAGAUGCUGAUGGAAGAGGUGAAACGACGAUGUUAAGAAAGAUGGUGUAAUUAUUUGGAGGUACCAAGAAAUACCUCUAAUUGAAUAAUUUAACUUGAAUUUGUGUUACUAGUUAAUUAAUAUAAUAUACGACCGUUGUUUCCUGGUUAUUUGUAGUCAAUUAUACUUAUUUGAAUGGCAGGUAUCAAUUUCUUCAAAGUAUAUCCGCUCCCUUGGAUAAUAAACGUAAUAUGAUACAUAAUUCUAGUGCAUGGUACAGGAAUAAUAGACACAAUACCUGCAUUCAUUGCUUGCUGAGUAUGAAGAAAGGAAACAAUAAAUCGAUUCUGCAGGACCCCAAUUCUUUUGGGAUUGUUCUUGGUAUGUAUGUAUAAAAUGCUAGUUUUUGAUGCCAUAACAAUUUUUUACGAUGCCAUAACAAGCACUACAAUAUUCAAGUAUACAUGUAUCAUUACAUACCUAUGUAGUAUGUACAUUAUAUAUAUGUAUAAUACGAUUAAAAUGUAGUGCUAUUACUUGGAUUGGGAUUUUUGAAAAAUUAUUCGACCAUUCUUAGUGUAUUUGGAAAUGAAUUUCAUACAAAAUCGAUUAUUGAUACUGUAGUACAACGGUGGGGACAAUUUUUCUCAACAUGCAGUGAACUAAAAUGUAGAUUUAUUUGUUUGGACUAAAUAUACUUAUUUUGAAAAGUGUUUGUAAGAAACUGUUAUUUUAAACAUGGUGUACUUAUCUUCGUUUCAUUGCUAUUGACCAAUGUAAAUGUUAAUGUAGUGAUUUUGAGUUUUUAAAAUAUUCAAUCGAGCAGUUAAAUUAGUGGCAAUUUUUAUACAACUCUUGAUAUUAAAGAUGAAAAAUAUUCAAAAUGAUAAUCAGGUAUGUGUAACGCAUGUAGCUAGAAAAUUGGGGAAGCGUUUAAAUUAAUUUAUCAUGUGUUUGAUCACAUUAUAAACAUGGCUCAAAAUCUUUCAUCUUUGUUAAAAAUAAUUAAUGCUAUAUUAUAAAUAACUGCACCACCAACUAUCAAGUUACUGUAGAUUUGAAUUAACUGGGUAAAGAAUAAUAAUAAUUAGACUGAUAAACUCUACACAUCAUUUCUUUCUCUUUUGAAAUGUUUAUAACUGAUGGUUGAGGUAAGAAGGAAUAGUUGUAUAUGUAUAUUUUAAUUGAAGUGCAUUUCGAACUGGACACUGUGGAAAGUUGAACAUAUAGUAAUAAUAAUGAUGAUGAUGAUAAUAAUAAUAUUAAUAACAACAAUAAUAAUAACAUAGUUCAAACGUACGAUUUUUAUUGUUUGCGCAUUUUUAAUAAUCUGUAUAUUGCUCGGGGGUCACAAUUAUUAUCAUUCUCGUUACAUUUUAUAAGGUACAAUAAUGACAAUUUGACAGUCUAGCAUUUCUGCAGGAUAUCUGUUCAUUGUUAUUGGCAUAUUGAAGAAUUAUACGCGUAAAUUAAAAUCGUAUACACAUAUAGGCAUUUAAUAAUUUACAAUUUUUUUCUAUCAUAAAUCUUUAACUGUGGUAACAUCACAUGCUACACGCACGAUUGAAUAUCACAUUACAUAUUAAAUAAACUACAAAAUAUAAACAGUGUAAUGUGCCUUUUUCGCGAUUAUCUAAACUUAGUUGAAAACUGAUAGUGGGAUUCAAUCAAUUAUUAUGUGUAUCUUAUAAUUUGUAAGUAGAUAAAGAAAAGAGGGUGAUAAAGAUUUCUAAAUUAACCGUAUACCUAAUUCCUCACCACACUGUACGCAAGGUAAUUUGAUCGAGAGUCAAUGUUAUGAAUGAAGUAUGUAUCCGUAGUUUUGUUGGAUGUAAAUAAAUAGAGCUGAAACACUAA